AUGGACUCAAAGAUUAUGGAACAGGAUGAGCAGAAAAACAAUUCGUUCCAACCCCAACUCAUGAUCAAUCUACUGAACGGAGUCCUGUCGAAAGUGAAGAAUGAACUGCAUCAGCAAGGAGUUGAUGUGCAUUUAGAUGCUACUGGGCGACCGGUUAGUUGGUUCUUGCUUGUGUUCUUGUUUUUAGAAUCAUAA